AUGGCGGAGGCGUAUCCAUUCAGUGACGAUGACGAAGGGGAUGCUCUAUUGGAUCGCGCCUAUGAUCGGUGGGAACAGUUGGGAGGGGCUGUCGCCCGUGGCCCUCUUUUUCAAUUCAGUAUGCAACCUAUUGGUCGACGACGCCGCUGGCGUGAUGUAGUGGAGCGGGCGCAAUUCAAUGCGCAAUUACGACAAUUGCGGGAUCCUGUCCCUGGAGACAAUAUUGGGUUGGCGUUGACCGAAGCACUUCAUCAAGCCAUUGAAACAGAACUGGGCCGCGAGCAACGACCUGCCCAUCAUUUUGUCAAUUUUGCUAUCACGGCGCAUGGGUUCACGCAUGCUUAUCAAACCGCCAAUUUUACCGUAGGGGAGUUUUUACAACGCACCGCCCGUUUGGAUGAAAUGUUAGCCACCUUGGCCGGCAAGUUGAACAGCAAUGAAGCCUUCAACCCCGAUCGUGGGUUCCAAGUGGAUGUGGUGUUUGUCUCUAUGCCCGGCCCAGGAACAGGCCAUCGUAAACAACGCAAUGCCGGACGUCUAUGCCUGGAUCGAGACAAUAAGAAAAAGAAAUGUAUUAUUACCAUCAAAAACAGAGAUGCCCUAUGCUGUGCUCGCGCUAUUGUCACCAUGCGAGCUCAUUGCCAUAAAGAUCAAAGCGUGGAUGGGUUUCGCGAUUGGGAGAAUCUCAGACGUGGGCUUCCUGUGCAGCAACGUCAAGCCCAGGCUCUCCAUCAGCAAGCGGGGGUGGCUGAGGGUCCCUGUGGUUUACCCGAACUCCGUCAAUUUCAACAGGCGUUGGGGUCUCAGUAUCAACUCUUGGUGAUGACCCGGAUGAAACCGUUUUUUCUCAUCUUCAAAGGCCCUGACGCCCCCCAUCCGAUUCGUUUAUUGAAAUCCAAUGAUCAUUUUGAUGGCUGCACCUCCUUUCCGGCGUUUGUCAAUCGUUCGUACUAUUGCCUGGAUUGUGAACGAGGGUUCAACACCAACGAUCGGACCCAACACAGUUGUCAAGGGAGACGCUGCAAAGCGUGCGGUCGAUUUGACUGUUCAGAUUAUGUGCGUGGCACCCGCCCCACAGACUAUUGCCCCUUAUGUCAUCGCAAGUUUUACGGUGAGCAAUGUAAACGUCAUCAUGUGGAUAGCCGGCAAUGUCAAUCCAUUAAAACCUGUCUCAAGUGCCAGGCCCAGUAUACGGUCGUCCCUAAUCAACGUCACCAGUGUGGGUACGCCAAAUGUCCCGUGUGUCACGAAUGGGUGUCCAUCCAAUACCAUAAGUGUUACAUUCAACCCGUGGUCGAGAAUGAGGAAGAGACUGAACCUACAGAGGAGGGGGGAGGUAGCAUGGUGGCGCCACCCCCUCCCCUGUUUGUUUACGCCGAUUUUGAAGCCAUGCAGAAUGCAGAAGGUGUGUUUGUGGCCAAUUUGUUGUGUUAUUCGUCCAGUGAAGAAACGACUAUUCAUGUGUUGGACGGAGAGGACUGUGCCCUCCAAUUUUUGCAUGAUUUGGAUGAUCUCAUGGUUAUUCCAGACCAUGAGGGCGAGCGGGAGAUUCUCGUGGUGUUUCACAAUUUGAAAGGCUUCGAUGGCAUGUUUAUUCUCCAUGAACUGUACCAGCAACAACGCGAAGUGGUGGAUCAAUUGACAGUGGGUGCUAAAGUGUUGUCCUUUAGGAGUGGACCCCUCAAAUUCAUUGACUCGUUGUGUUUCCUGCCUAUGCCAUUGGCCUCGUUUCCCAGCACCUUCAAUUUGACCGAAUUAAAGAAGGACUUCUUUCCGCAUUUGUUCAAUACCCCGGAUCAUCAACAGUAUGUGGGCCGUAUCCCUGAUUUGGAAUUUUACGAUCCCGAGGGUAUGAUGGCCAAAAAGAAAGACGAACUGACGCGUUGGCAUGCGGACCAAGUCCGUCGUAAUGUGCGUUUUGAUUUCCAGCAAGACAUGAUCGAGUACUGCAAAUCAGAUGUGGCGCUCUUGAAAGUGGGGUGUGAAGCCUUUCAGCAAGAAUUUGAACAGCAAGCUGGUUUCAAUCCCAUGGCUAAAUACAUCACCAUCGCCAGUGCCUGCAAUCUCUAUUGGCGCAAGCACCAUUUGACCCCCGACACCAAUGCCGUCGAACCGCUCCGGGGCUGGCGAGGCGCCCAAGUUAAUCAAUCCCUCAAGGCCCUACACUUGCUGUACUACCAAGAACACCUUAUUCCUAAAGAGGGGGCUAGUGCCGAUCGCAUUCGUCAUGUCCGGAAUGGGGGCGAGCAGUUUGUCCGGACCCUCGUGAACAGUUAUUUCGUCGAUGGGUAUGAUCCCUUGACCCGCACUGUUUACGAAUUUCAUGGGUGUCUCUACCAUGGCUGUCCCAUUUGUUUUCCUAUGAGAAACGCCAAACAUUAUGCCACACCGGAUCGAAGCGUGGAGGAACUGUAUCAAGCCACGCUCUCUAAACGCCUGGCUCUGCUUCGAGCAGGUUAUAUAGUGAUUGAAAUGUGGGAGUGUGAAUGGGACAAGUUGGUGGACACGGAUGAAGCUGUCCAACGUUUCCUGAAUUCGUUUGAUCUGGUGGCUCCCUUGGAACCCCGUGACGCCUUUUUUGGGGGUCGCACCGGCGCGGUGGCUCUCCAUGCCGUGGCUGAAGAGGGGGAGGAAAUACGUUAUGUGGAUGUGACCUCUUUGUACCCAUGGGUGAAUAAGAACUGUCCUUACCCUAUCGGUCAUCCCAAGAUCAUUACCCAGCCCGCUGACCAGUCCUUGGCGUCCUAUUUUGGUCUGGCUACGGUGGAUAUUCUGCCUCCAACUGGCCUAUUCCACCCCGUCUUGCCUGUACGUUGUGGUCAAAAACUCACGUUUCCUCUCUGCCGUGCCUGUGUCCAAGCGGAACAAGCCCAGCCCAUGUUGACUAGAACCCAGUAUUGCCCUCAUUCGGAUGCGGAUCGUACACUACGUGGGACCUGGUGCACGCCCGAACUGGUCAAAGCGGUGGAAAAGGGGUACACCCGAUCAAGAUCCAUGAAGUCUGGCAUUUUCCCCCUGAACAACGCCAAACGGGUCUUUUCGCUGAUUACGUCAAUACUUGGCUCAAACUCAAACAAGAAUCCGCGGGGUGGCCCAGUUGGUGUCAGACCCUCGAACAAAAACGAGAGUAUAUUCUUCGCUACCAGGAACGGGAAGGGAUCCGACUGGAUAUUGCCAANAGUGAUUGAAAUGUGGGAGUGUGAAUGGGACAAGUUGGUGGACACGGAUGAAGCUGUCCAACGUUUCCUGAAUUCGUUUGAUCUGGUGGCUCCCUUGGAACCCCGUGACGCCUUUUUUGGGGGUCGCACCGGCGCGGUGGCUCUCCAUGCCGUGGCUGAAGAGGGGGAGGAAAUACGUUAUGUGGAUGUGACCUCUUUGUACCCAUGGGUGAAUAAGAACUGUCCUUACCCUAUCGGUCAUCCCAAGAUCAUUACCCAGCCCGCUGACCAGUCCUUGGCGUCCUAUUUUGGUCUGGCUACGGUGGAUAUUCUGCCUCCAACUGGCCUAUUCCACCCCGUCUUGCCUGUACGUUGUGGUCAAAAACUCACGUUUCCUCUCUGCCGUGCCUGUGUCCAAGCGGAACAAGCCCAGCCCAUGUUGACUAGAACCCAGUAUUGCCCUCAUUCGGAUGCGGAUCGUACACUACGUGGGACCUGGUGCACGCCCGAACUGGUCAAAGCGGUGGAAAAGGGGUACACCCGAUCAAGAUCCAUGAAGUCUGGCAUUUUCCCCCUGAACAACGCCAAACGGGUCUUUUCGCUGAUUACGUCAAUACUUGGCUCAAACUCAAACAAGAAUCCGCGGGGUGGCCCAGUUGGUGUCAGACCCUCGAACAAAAACGAGAGUAUAUUCUUCGCUACCAGGAACGGGAAGGGAUCCGACUGGAUAUUGCCAAUAUUGCCAAAAACCCUGGUCGCAAGGCCACCGCCAAACUCAUGUUGAAUAGUUUUUGGGGCAAGUUUGGUGAGCGCAUCAACAAACCCAGUACCGUCACCGUCCAAAACCCCGCCCAUUUGUUCAGCCUCGUUUCCGAUGCGGCUCUCGAUAUCAGUACGCUCCGCCUCUGUACUGACGACAUUUUGGAAGCCGUCUACACCAGUGUCCAAGACAAUGCCGUCAAAGGCACCAAGACCAACAUCUUUGUGGCGGCGUUCACCACGUGUCAUGCUCGACUGAAACUCUACGAGUCCCUCGACAUCUUGCAACAGCAAGUCCUCUACUACGAUACUGACAGUGUGGUGUACAAGUGGCGUCCCGGUCAACCCAGUAUUGCCACUGGGGAUUUUCUAGGCGACAUGACGGAUGAAUUGGACGGGGAUGUCAUCACCGAGUUUGUUUCGGGGGGCGCCAAGAAUUAUGGGUACACGACCCGUGGAGGUAAAGUGGUGUGCAAGGUCCGCGGUUUCACCCUGAAUGUCCGGGGGUCGGCCAUUCUUAAUUUUCAUACCAUGAAAGAGAACAUUCUCUCGGAAUUAGACUCGCCUCAGGACACUCGCCAAUGA